AUGCCAACAUAUCGUGAUGGAAAUUUACAAGUAGCUAUUUCAACAAGUGGUACUGGGCCUCACAUAGCUCAAAAACUGAGACAACACAUAAUUGAAAAUAUACCAAAAAAUAUUUCAAAUGCUACCAGAAAUGCUGCUUUAUUAACACAACUUGCUAGCAUUGAAAUUAAUACUCAUGAAGGUGGAUUGAAACUUGUGAAUGGUAGUACAGCUAUAGAACAUGUGGCUUAUGCUUUAACUAGUCCUAUUUUUAUUUAUCCAGCUACAAGAUCAUACUAUCUUGGUAAAUUAAGUUUAUAUUGGUCUUCACAAUCACUUAACGAUGCAUUUGGAGAAAUUAAUCAUUACAUUCACCAAUUGCCCAUUUCAGAAUUAGAUAAAGUUAAUUCCACCUUUGGCGAUUGUCUAAAAUCACAGUUUUGUGAUAAAGUAGCUAGCUCUCUUAUUGGCUGUUAG